CCUCAAGUAGUUAUCACGUUAAAGACUGAAAACCACAGCAUUUCCAUCUUCUCUAUUGGUGGAAGCAAUGGACGUAGCCUUCGCUUCUCUGUUUCACCCUCCGGCGGGAGCGUCAUGCCUGCAAGAGCCGGCAAUCUUCGUCUCAACCCAACCUGCAGCCGGAAAACUUCUUGCCCGGAAAAGGUUUCCAUGUCUGGCAGCCGUAGCUGCUCCUCCGACUCGGGACACCGAAUUGGACGUGGAGAACAGAAAGCACCGGCUGCUCAACGCGAUCCAGGAUACGCAGCGGGGCCUCGUGACGACCGCCGAUCAACGUUCUUCCAUCGAGGAGGCCCUGGUGAGCGUGGAGAAUUGCGAUGCAGGCGUGCCGAUUGAUUUGGGGAAGUUGGACGGGACAUGGCGGUUGCAGUAUACAUCUGCUCCCGAUGUCCUCGUUCUUCUAGAAUCUUCCGCUAGGCUCCCCUUCUUACAGGUUGGCCAAAUCUUUCAGAAAUUUGAAUGCAGGAAUCAGUCUGACGGAGGUGUUGUCAGAAAUGUCGUUCGUUGGAGCAUUCCAGACUUGCUAGAGGAGCAGGAAGGUGCCACUCUUCUUGUUUCAGCUAAGUUUUCAGUCGUCUCUCUCCGAAACAUUUAUCUUCAAUUUGAAGAUGUAGCCAUUCAGAACAUAAACAUUAGUGAUAACAUACAAGCUCUGAUAGCUCCGGCCAUUCUGCCACGCUCAUUUUUGAGUUUACAGAUUCAAAUCCCAUCUCUGUCAAUGAAAAAUUCUAGAAAGUUUUGUCAUGUAAAAGAAACAAUUAACCAAAGUCAGUCAUUUGCCAUACAAAUGCUGGAUUGCAGAUCUUGCAGUUCAUCCGAACUUUUAAAGCUCAAGUUCCUCUGAUAAAUCCAAAUCCAGGGAGGCGAUCUGUGGGAGGACUAUAUUAUCUUUCGUAUCUGGAUGGGAAUAUGCUUCUGGGGCGUGCAGGUGGAGGAGGAGUAUUUGUGUUCACUAAAGCUCAACCUUUACUGUAAAUCCAAUGGAAACCGGGUCCAAUGCCCCUUGUAUCCUGAAUUAAUCUCUAGUGUAAUGCAAAUUUCAUUAGAAUUCA